AUACGUGUUUAGAGUAUAAAGCGAUGCAAACAGUUUGUGUCAGUAAGAUACUAUGAACGUGGUAAUGCGUUCUGUGGAGUGCUGAUCGACACCUGAGACACAGAGUAAUUGAUGUGUUGUUGUUUCAGUAAAGGAGCUUCACCGCAUCACCGUAAUAACUGGAGGCUUUCAGGACCGCACGGUCUUGUUUGAGACAUGAGUGAUCCAGAAGCACGCAGAAUAAAAAGUGAAGAUACGGAGGAACAAAUAGACCUGAUAGAAGUGAAAGAGGAACAUCUAGAGCUGAAUGAAGUGGAGGAGAAACACCAGAAUCAGGAACCUUAUAAUUCCAUAACUGGAGAAGAAUCUUCUAUUUGCUUAAAGACUGAGAAUACGUUUUCAAUAAAAAGACCAGAAGUAGAAAAAUUUUUGACCUGCAUAAAAACGCAAAAAUGGCAUCUUCAGGAUCAUAAAAGGACUUGCACUGAAGAAAAGAUCUUCACCUGUCCUCAAUGUGGAAAGAGUUUCAUAAAAAAAGAAAGCCUUAAGUAUCAUAUAAAAAUUCACUCUGGAGAAAGCCUUUAUACAUGUCACCAUUGUGGGAAGAGUUUCACAUGUAAAGCACACCUUGUGGAGCACAUACGAAUUCACACUGGAGAGAAGCCUUUCACGUGCCCUCAGUGUGGAAAGAGUUUCACACAAAAAGGACAACUUAAUCGUCACAUAAAAAUUCACACUGGAGUGAAGCCUUUAACAUGCCGUCAGUGUGGAAAAUGUUUCAAAAAACAAGAAAGCCUGAAGUAUCACAUAAAAAUUCACUCUCGAGAAAGAUGUUAUAAAUGUCAUCAGUGUGGGAAAAGUUUCACAUAUAAAGCUCACCUUGAGGAGCACAUACGAAUUCACUUUGGAGAAAAGCCUUUCACAUGCCCUCAGUGUGGAACGAGUUUCAAACAGAUCAGACAUCUUAAAAGCCAUUUAAAAAUUCACGCUGGAGAGAAGCCUUUCACAUGUCCUCAGUGUGGAAAGAGUUUCUUACAAAAGGUAUCCCUUAAGUAUCACAUGAGAAUUCACACUGGAGAGAAGCCUUUCACAUGCCCUCAGUGUGGAAAGAGAUUCAUAAAAAAAGAAAGCCUCAAGUAUCACAUAAAAAUUCACUCUGGAGAAAGCCUUUAUACAUGUCAUCAUUGUGAGAAGAGUUUCACAUAUAAAGCACACCUUGAAGAGCACAUACGAAUCCACACUGGAGAGAAGCCUUUCACGUGCCCUCAGUGCGGAAAGAGUUUCACACAAAAAGGACAACUUAAUCGUCACAUGAGAAUUCACACUGGAGCGAAGCCUUUAACAUGUCCUCAGUGUGGAAAAUGUUUCAAAAAACAAGAAAGCCUGAAGUAUCACAUAAAAAUUCACUCUUAAGAAAGAUGUUAUAAAUGUCAUCAGUGUGGAAAGAGUUUCACAUAUAAAGCACACCUUGAGGAGCACAUACGAAUCCACACUGGAGAGAAGCCUUUCUCAUGCCAUCAGUGUGGAAGGAGUUUCAAACAAAAAGGACAACUUAAUCGUCACAAAAGGAUUCACACGGGAAAGAAGCCUUUUACGUAACAUCAGUGUGGAAAGAGUUUCACAUGGGCCCAAGUCUCAAAUUUCAUCAGCAGUUUUUCUCUGGAGAAAAUCAAUUUAACUGAUCAGUGUGGACAGAUUCGAUUCAUCAUCACACUUUAGAAGGCCCCUUAAAACUCAUUCAAAUGAGAAGCCCUACUUGUGUUAGUUGGGCUUUUCAACCGCUGGUGGCUCAGCAGUUAAGGCUCUGGGUUACUCACCGAAAGGUCGGGGGUUCAAGCCCCAAAAUCGCCAAGAUACCACUGUUGGGCUCUUGACCCUAUCUGCUCCAGGGGGUUUUUCAUGGCUGACCCUGCACUCUGAACCCAGCUUAGCUGGGAUAUGUGAAAACAACUGCAUUUCAUUGGCUCUGUACCUGUACUCUGCACAAUGACAAUAAAGUUGAAUCUUAAUAAUACAUACAGGUUUUAGAGCUCAUGUGUGCUUGGAGUGUGGAAAAGCCUUUACUAGACUUAAAGACUUGAAGCGGCACAGAAGAAUCCAUCCAAAAUCCACACAAUCCCUCACAAUAACAGCUUGAUCUCAAGAACAUUUUGCUAAAUGAUAUUGCUGCAGUUCUGUGGUGAAAUGUCCACUCUUCUGCAGUUGAAGAGUCAGGCCAUGCCUUCUCACUCUGUCAUUGUGCCACUUAUUUUAGACCAGAGGUCUGAACUCCCACAGGACACGGGGUUGCGGGAACGGUCGGGAAGAAAAUUAGCGUGUGCAGAGAGCAGGUGACCAUGGGAGAAGAAUUCAGCUGGAGCAUUCGGGUGCGGGAUAGAAAAAGCUGUCCCAUGCAGAACUCUACUUUAGACUGCUUGUUUACUUUUCAAACCAUAUUCCAACAAGUCCCACCUCUUUAGGACUGGACUGGCUUGGCUAUUAGGAGCUGCUUACAUGCGCUUUGUGAUUGGACAGUUGAGGUAGCUACAGCAACCAUGAGCAUCUCGGCGUAAAUGUAGCAGAAGAUCCAAAGGGCCCAGUUAUAGACAUACCAUUAAUACUGUCAGGCUAAACUUACUGUCCUUCAACUGUAUAUUACAUAAUUAUAAAUACUGUUUUAAUUCUUAAGUUUACAUACACCUUCCUUUCAAUACCUUCUAACUCAGUUUUUCUCCGCAAGGUCAUGUCAAUAAAGUUUGGUUUUACGUACAGCUGCAUUUAGGACGGCAGGCAAAAUAGGGAAAUCGGCAAUCUCUUGAUGCCAUUCUCAUCCUUGCGAACAACAAGUUUGCAGCCUUGAAUUUCAUUGAAACCACCAAAAACCACAAAGAUCUCAAGCAGAGAGACACGCUAUGUCCUGUCACAUAUCUGUCUUUGCUCCCUCCGAAUCCACCAGAUUUUUAUCUCCGCCCAAAGAGGACCAUUUACAGCAACGUGUGGCAAGUCAUUUUAUAAAAUGGUAAAAUAAUGAUCAAAAUCCAGCCCUAAAAUCUCAAAUUAAAUCGAAUGCCUUCAUUUUUUCAAACCACUGCGGGUAAACUGCCUUGGCAUGAUGUUACCUCAAAUGUGUCUGGCCGCUGAUCGUGAAGCAGACGGUUUGUGAAGUACAGCGGUGUGAAAUCUUUCCGAUGCCGGCUUGGAGGCUAGAGAAAUGAUGGCUCUGACCGCACAGUAAAGCGAUUCAUCUCUACUGACAACUGAACUACUGUGAACAGAGAUGCUGCAACAUCCUCAUCAACGUACUUCACCUCUCGUCCACCAGAGAAGCAAAUACAAAUUUACAGUAUUUUACAGCGUGUACAAUCAACUGAUUAUGUCGAUAAAACUGAUCAUUAAAGUCAAAGGGUGAACUGGUGUUUAUAGUAUCAUACAUUCAUAGAAUGUUCUUAGGAACUAUAUUUCUUGGCAGAAGAAUAGUUUAUUAUGCUGAUUAUUAUUGUUGUUAUACAGAAAGUGAAUUAUUAAAUGAACACUGCUGUAUUUAAUUGCAUUAGAGGGAUUUCACCAUGUUCAUAGGAGUAAUUAGAAAUAUUCACUUAUUUGCUUUAAUUAGAAUUACUAUUUGAUGUUUAAUGCUCCUUUUUUUUCCUUCGAGCUGCAGCACAUUCUGAAAACUUCAUUUGCUUUCCUUGUCAACAAGGAACAUUUGUUCUUCUUCAAAUGCAGUACAUACUCUGACAGUACACAGCUAAAGAGCAUUACUAUGUUUCAACAUUAUGCUCAAAACUAAUAUAUUAAUGCCAUCUUCUGGACACUCAAGGGUACCACAUUAUAAAUAUUCCAAACAUGGUAAACUAUAUUCACUUAAACGGCAAAAUAUCAUAAACAAAGUAGAAUAUAAAAAUAUGUGAGUUAUAUAUAAGGAAAACAAUAUUAUUAACAAAAGUAUUACAGUUAAUCAUUCAGGGUAAAUACAUCCCAGACAGCCUUCUAAUAAAUAAGUUUGAUUCUAUACAUUUCAUAGAAUAAAAUGAUUAUAGCAGCUACAUUCUAUUUACAGUUCCUUUAGUCAAUGAAUAUUAAUGUUAUUUAUAAAAUGACAUUCCAUAGUAUCAAUAUGUAGGUA